AUGGCGGCCAUAGCUCGAUUCCAACUCCUCCAGCCAUCUUCGGUUGUGAAACCAUCAGUGAUUUUAUCAAAGCUCUCUCACUCUACCCCUAUCAAAGCUCUCUCACUCUACGGCACUCGUAUUCGUAAACUCUCCGUCCGCCGUUUCUGCUGCGCUUCAGACCAAACCCCCGAGAUUUCUUCGAAUUCUGGUUCGUGUUCGUCUAUAGUUGCUGAUCUUCUGGAUUAUCUCAAUGAGUCCUGGACUCAAUUUCAUGCUACAGAUCGUACAGAAAAAGGAAUUCAAGUUUAUUUGAAAUCUAAAUCACAUGUUGGAGAUGGUAAGGAUAUUGUUAGAUGCUUGAACUUGAAAUUACAUUUGAUCGAAAGAGAUGAUGCACCAUGGCACCAUAGCGAGAUUGAUGCUGUUGGUGCCAUGAGUGCAUGA